AAGUGAAUUCAUACCAUCUUCUUGUUGGUCGUCGACGGAGAUGAGUUUUACGCGCACCCUACGCGACCAACGAAGAUUUUAUAAAGAAUAAGAUGAAUCCUAUGUUAACUAAUUGACCGUGUCCUCAAAUACCCGAUUCUUUUAACGAACCUUCCCCUAAUCAUUCAUAGUUCAUACCAUCGUUUCUGGGUUUCUUCAAAACAAUUUUUUUAUUUUAUAUGACUUCGAAUCUUGAGAGAAAUUCACUUCGAAAUUUAACAUUUUUCCUUCACUUCUGUUCUGUUUGCUGUUCUGGGUAGACUUUCAUUUUUGUCUUUAAUGAGCAUUUCUAGCUCCCCUCUUCGGAUGGUGGGAAGCUCUGAAGAUCAUGGCGAUUCCUGCUCUUGAGCUUCCAGCCAAAUCUGUAAAGCUCAUCGUUGAUAUGGACAGAUAGUCAACAAGAACACCUUUCUCUCAUGCGACUCAAGGCUCAAAACAAUGGUUUUCCAUUUCCGAUGUUUCUCUUUUUUGUAUGCACAAAAUGCACGAGAAACCACAACAGUUGAUGUCUUUCAUACUGCAAAUUCCCGAUUUGUUGAUGCUUCACGAAUGAAUCAAACUGUUGCCCCGAAUCUAAACAUAAGCCCAACACUUCGGAAUUUCACACUUUCCGAACUUAAAACAGCCACUAAAGAGUUUCACGCUUCUAACAAAAUCGGUGAGGGUGGAUUUGCGAUUGUAUAUAAAGGCACAGUGAAAAGCUUACAACAUCGGUCCUUUCUUAUUGAGGUGGCUGUGAAGCAAAUUAAACCAGGACAACUGGGAUAUAGAACAUGGUUGACUGAAGUGAAUGUUGGGGAAAUUAACCAUGAUAACCUUGUGAAGCUAAUUGGGUUUUGUAAUGAAGAUAGCCAGUUGCUUUUGGUGUAUGAAUAUAUGCCUAAAAAAAGCUUAGAUGGUCAUCUAGCAGCUAACUCAAAUACACCUCUCUCAUGGGGUAGGAGACUAAACAUAGCUAAAGAUGCCGCUACAGGUUUGGAGCACUUACAUAAGGCAAAGAUAGUCUUUAGGGACUUUAAACCCUCAAAUAUUCUUUUAGACAACAAUUGGAAUGCGAAGCUUUGUGACUUUGGAUUUGCUAGAGAUGGCCCACAAGAUGGACGUACCCAUGUCUCAACAAUGGUGGUAGGAACAAAAGGAUAUGCAGCUCCAGAAUAUGUUCAAACGGGUCGACUGACAUCGAAGGUUGAUGUAUGGAGCUAUGGUAUCUUUCUUGAAGAGCUUAUCACAGGUCGACCUCCAAUUACCCAAAAUAACCCUGAGAACAGUUCCCAAUGCUUGAGGUUGGUAUGUUGCUACGCAGGGGCAGAAAAGUCAAAACUAAUAGUUGACCCGAGGCUCCAAGGGUAUUCAGAGAGAUCGAUGCAGAAGGUGACUUUAAUUGCUAAGAAAUGUUUGGAGAAAGAUCCGAAGAUGAGGCCAACAAUGAGUGAGGUUCUUGAAAUGGUGACAGAUGCUAUUGCAUCGGAGAAUCAGCAGGUUGGCUGAGUAUUUGUUAUAUAAAAUUAUAUUUAAAAAAGAUUUUAUUUUUUCCUUGGAUUCUCGAUGUAGACUAUUUUUUGACCUGUUGAAACUGGUCUGGUAUGUGUAUAUUUUUUGGGAAAUUAUUGGGACUUGUGUGUAUACUAUAUAUAGAAAUUGUGUCCUUUUUGAGACAUUCUUAAGGAUUUUUAAGUUUUUCAUCUUCA